UUAGCGAAAAUGUCUUCUGAUAAUGUGCAGCAAAUUAUUGGCGUUGGGUACUUGAGUACAAUCCAAGGAGUGUGUAAAAUAGCAGAAACUAUAUUCAGUUUCAUAGGAGUUUUACUAGUAGGAGUGGAUUAUUCAGGGUGGGUUGUAACCACAUUUGAAGUAGCAGCCUCCUUUUCCAUAAUAAUUGCUGUGAUUUUGUUACUUUUAUAUGUCACUGGAGUAGUUGAAAAAGUUGGUUUUCAAUGGAACAAAUUCCAGUUUGGAGUUCAUAUCAUAUUAGCAAUUUAUUACAUAGUGGCUGUAGCACUAGUUUUGCAUCAUGGUCGAGGGAUUUCUAAAGUAAUUGCUGGAGGAGUAAGUAACCAAAUUAAAAACAAAAACACCAAAAUCAAAAAUAACCAAAUAACCUUCAAAUUAUUUACCUAUAUGAUUUUUUUAAUUUCAGAUUUUCGGGCUCUUCGCCGUAAUUGCACAUCUCCUUGAUGCAUUUGACAAUUAUAGGAAACAACCACUCUUCUAAUAAAAAAACUUUAAUAUUACCAAAAUUAAAUAUUAAAU